GCUUUUCGUCACAUCGCCAUCAGACCUUCUGAUCAGAGGUCCACACCUACUCGCCCUACUCGCCCAGGUGACUCACCCGAUGUCACAAGUCAGCUAACCUGCGGCAGGAAAUAAAUCUCACCCAGGUAUGAUCUGAGGAGAAGAUGGUUGCCCCUCUGCUCCCCGCAGCUCAACAUGUUCAACCUGAUUGGCAACUGCUGCACCUGGGUCUCCAAAUUCCAGCAACCCUUGAGGAAAGCCACAGUGCUCGUGGUUGGUCUUGACAAUGCAGGGAAAACCUCCUCAAUCAGAGGAAUGUUGGGAGUGCCCCCGGGGGAGGUGGGUCCCACUCAGGGGUGCGUGCGCACGGAGCUGCGCGUGGAGAACUUCAUGGUGACCCUGCUGGACAUGGGAGGAGCUCCAGAGGAGCGGGAGGCCUGGACGGCGCACUACGGAGAGGCCCACGGCUUCAUUUUCGUGGUGGACUCCAGUGACCGGGCCCGGAUCAAGGAGGUCAAGGAGGAGAUGGUGGAUAUCCUGAGGCAGCCCAGGGUGGCUGGGAAACCUUUCCUGGUGUUAGCCAACAAGCAAGACAAAGUGAAUUCCAUGCUUGGGAGUGAGCUGAUUGAAAUUCUCUCUUUGGAGCAGCUUGUCAACAAAAGCCGGUCUUUGUGUCACAUUGAGUCGUGCUCAGCCUUACUGGACCUGAGGAGAUGGUCAGACAGGAAGACGCUAAGAGGUUUGCGCUGGCUACUGCGGGCCGUGUGCCUCGACUACUCCGAGCUCUGUGCCCGCAUCAUACGCGACAAACGGAAACCCUACGGGCAGGACGAGAGAGAAAAGAAAAGAGAGAAAGGACGCCGCAAGACCAAAGAACAGAGGCUUCCUGGAAGCAAAAGUGACUUGCGCAAAGAAAAGACCAAGAAAUCAAAAGGAAGCAGCUCACUGCAGCCUAUCCGAGAUAUUCUGAAUAGGGAGAACUCCCUGAAAAAGAAGCUCAAGAAAAAGAAGGGAAAGGGCAAGAUAAAGAAGGAGAAUUCCAAGAACAGUAAGGAAAAUGAGAACGGUGAAGAGGAGGUUGAUGAAGGUGAGGCUGCCGAGGCCGAACAGGAGCACAACAGCGAGAAGGAGAAAGCCAGCAGCGCCCUGUUGCCAGGGAAACGAAGCAAAAAGCGAAAAGUAAAAGUGAAAGAGGAGACCUUGGAUCUGCCUGAAUCACUCGACACCGAUGACUUCAAACCCUCCAAAGGAGGGAAGGGGGAGAGGAAAAAGAAAGUGAAGACAAUCAAGGUGAAACGGAAAAACAAGAUCAACACAGAAGUGCCAGCAGCAUACACUCAGCCCGUGGACCUCUCCGCCACUUUCGAUCUUUACAGAAAAGCAAUUUUGGCUCUAAAAGAACGACAGGAGCAGGAACGGGAGCAGGAGCAGGAGAGGGAGCGGGAGCGGGAGAGGGAGCAGGACCAGGGCCUGGAGCGGUGACGACUCGGCCGCUCUAGCAGGAGCCUCGGCCAUGUGAUGACCCCGUAAGCUGGCCUCCGCACAGCUGUCCAGGGGUUUAUGAGCUUGCCCUGGAUCCUCCUUGGUGACUUAUCCUCGAGUAGCCGCUUCUCCGAGGAGCGCCAGCCAAACCUACUUGUGAGGACACGAGGCCUAUCUGAGACUUGUUCCCAGAGGCAUCAGAAACGGCGCAUUCCAGUGACGAGGAGCGACCUCACCCUGAAUAAGUCCAUCUCAUGUAAAUGUCUCCUAGGAUGUCUGCAUUCAUUCUUACAGUCAACUGAUGUUCUACCUGCGACCAAAGAAAAUGUAGUUCAACGCUGAAAAAAGGAAGCUAACUCUAAGGACUGGUGUUGUGCUUUGAGUGUGUCAGUAUAAUGUAUUUCAAAUGUUAUACAUGUACUUGUAAGACCAAACAAUAUGAUGUUGUUGCUGUAUAUGAUUUAAAGUAUCUAGUGGCAUUUCAGUAUAUAGGCUUAUUUCAUGAUAAGUUCUGAUAUUUAUGUUUCACUCUGUUCUUCAUGCUGGUGCAAAUUUCUUUCUUGCUUUUUUUAAAAUCAUUCCUCUUGUAAAAAGUAUUUUUCAAAUAUCUGAUGUUGACAUUGUUUUAGUUGUCAGGUGAAGAAUGCUGCCUAUUUUUUUCACGUACUGUGACGGUUGC